CCUGGGUAUGUAUUCGAAGGGGUGAUUAAGAUGUGUAGGGAAGGAAGCCAGCAUUAAGAGAAAAGUAAGAUCUGCAACAUGUUGCAAUAUAUUUGCACCUCCUGUUCAGGGUUCCAGCCUCCAUGUCCUCCUCCAAAAGACCAUUCCAUCCUACCCCCUUUCUUAUUUAAAUGACAGUCAAUAUUCUGUGGGUACUGAAUAUGCUCAGUCCUCAUUGCUCUUUUUUCCGGGGGCGGGGGGAGGAUUGUCAGCCAUUAAAGGUAUCAUAUUUACCCUAACUAGCCAUUAAUUAAUGACUAAGAUCCUAAUAUUAGGAUUACAUCUGUAGAUUUCAAAAAGUCUUGCAGCCUAGGCAAGUGUCUGAACAUAGCCAGAGUAUUUUGUUUUAAUAGUUUCAAAGACAGCCUUACCAGAAUAGAACUUUAGAACAUGUACGAAUUCCUUUCGUUUGUACAGAGAACCGGAUUAUUUCUGUUUUUAAAUGGGUAAGGAAUAGUUUGAAAACACAGAGGAUACGGAAAGUACGUAAUGAUAUCAAGCGUGUCUCAAAGCACCUGGCCGCUUCAAGAGAGAAUUACCGUUUCUCCUGUCGGAACUGUAAUGUGGCCUCCAGACCUUUAGAUGUCUCUGCAGGUACGUCUGAGGUUGUAAGUAAAAGAACAGCAGGAAACGGAGGAGGGUUAGAAGCGAUCAUGGCCGAGGAAGAAGAAGAAAACCCACAAGCUCGGAAAGGUUUACAGGAACUGGUUGACCAGCUAUAUCAUUUCCGAGACCAUUAUUUUGAGAACCACAGUGUGGAGGAUGCUGGAAAAAAGCAGCAGGAUGUACAGGAGGAGAUGGAGAGAACUCUUCGGCAAAUGGAAGUGAUAGAAGGUAUGUCUGAGGGGCGAGCUCACACACUGAUGCUGAAGGGGAAAGCUUUGAAUGUGACCUCGGAUUACAAUGCACAAGCAGAAGAGCUGCUCUCCAAAGCUGUUAAGCUAGAUCCAGAACUGGUAGAGGCCUGGAAUCAGUUAGGAGAAGUUUACUGGAAAAAGGGUGAUGUCUCUGCUGCUCAUACAUGCUUCUCUGGAGCACUUAGCCACUGCAAGAACAAGGUGUCCCUGCAGAAUCUCUCUAUGGUGUUGAGGCAGCUGCGUACAAGCUCUGCUGAUGAACAUGCACACAAUGUGAUGGACAGUGUGCGGCAGGCCAAAGUGGCAGUGCAGAUGGAUGUGCGCGACGGUCGUUCCUGGUAUGUUCUGGGCAAUGCCUACCUCUCCUUGUUCUUCAAUACAGGGCAGAACCCCAAGAUCUCCCAGCAGGCGCUGAGUGCCUAUGGCCAAGCAGUGAAGGUGGACCCCACUGCAUCGUGUAAUCCAGAUUUACAUCUCAAUCGAGCCACGCUGUAUAAAUAUGAAGAAAACUACAUGGAAGCUCUGGAUGGAUUUGCACGGGCUGCAGCCCUUGAUCCAGCUUGGCUGGAACCACGCCAAAGGGAGCAGCUACUCAUAGACUUCCUAGAAAGGCUGACCAACCUCCUUGAAAACAAGGGCAAAGUGAAAGGGAAAAAGUUGCAAAGCAUGCUAGGAAGCCUGCGUACUUCGCAGCUGGGCCCGUGUGGUGAUGGGCAUUACCAAGGGCCCUCGGGUCAGAAGGUGGAACUGGAGCAGCGUCCCCUAAGUGCCUUGCGGCCUGGUGUUAACUCUGGUGGGGUGGUACUGGGGAAGGUGCUGUUCAGCUUAACCACAGAGGAAAAGGUGCCCUUUACUUUUGGCCUGACAGACUCCCUCGAGGGCUCCUGUUUUGCUGUGACUGUUUACAACAUGGCACAAAGCUGGGGGGUUCUGAUAGGUGACUCAGUAGCCAUCCCUGAGCCUCACCUUCGGCACCAUCACAUCCAGCAUCGAGGCAAAAGUUUCACUUUCUCUAGCAUCCGGGUGGAGACGCCUCUGCUACUGGUGGUGAAUGGCAAGAUGCAAGGAUCCCAGAGUCAAGCUGCCCCCACCAUUGCAUACCAGGCACAAAGUGAAUGAUGAAGAGGAGUGGGAAAGGAAGGGCCUGUUCCCCCAUUCAGUGGUGCUUGGUCUUUGGGUAGAUCUUGGCCUUGGAAGAUCUUGACGUUUAGUGGCUUAGGGAGGUUGGACUUUUUUUAUGAUAGGCAUUAAGUGAAGGAAUGAGAGAGACAGAGCGGGAAUUGGAGGGCAUUUGUGCUCAAACUGGGGCUUAUCGCUCUUGUUUUGCUCCUCCUCAGUUCCACUUCCACAGGCACUAGCUUCUGCCUUAAUCCACGGCUGUCAUAAAAUUAGGUGUAAUUAGUCAGUUUGCAAAAUUAGGGGGCUGCUCAUUCGCUCCAUGUCCCUUCUCUUUCUCAGACUCUUCCAACUUUCCCAGCAACUUUCCCAUUGGGGAGGAUCGCUGCCUUCUCCACCCUGGUGCCGUCCAGAUGCUGUCCACGACUCCUAGCAUUCCUGACCAUUGGUCAUGCUGAAUGGGGCUGAUAGGAAUUGAAACCAAAAUAUCUGGAGCACCAGUUUGGGGAAGGAUGUCCUUGUUCAUUAGUCAUUUUCCUUCCAUUUCAUUUCAUUUUGAGCACUUGGGCCUUCUAGGGUUCUUAUCUCUUUUGGAGAUCACAUUAGGUUGGAUUCAGGGUUAUUUGUACUUAACAGUAGACUCAUUGACUUGAAGAGAAGACAUAAGUCCCAGUUAUUUCAAUGGGGAAACUUUAAGUAUGACUAAACUCAGAUCUGACCCAUUGUCUGUUAUGGAUGUGUAUAUAAACGAUAAUGUUUUGUAUUUAUUUGGCAACGUUUUGAAUUUGUUUUUAUAAUUUGUAUACAUUUUCCCAGGCUUUUGGCUUCUUCCUGCCCCCCUCCCCCAAGAAAUAAAAUGUGUUCUUUGCUAUUCAGGAAA